AUGACAAGGGACGUUCAAGAUCACACAGCGACCCUUACUACUUCAGCAGAAGCAUAUAGGUACAGUGUACCGGGGAGUGAUCAUCCUCCCGAAUAUACUGAUCCGUAUGAUAGGGCAAGGAAUAGCCGAUCGGAGAGUGGCACUGGUAUUCGAGCGUCUCACUCUUUCACAGUAAGAUCUGUCAACGAUACUCCCGGCAGAAAUCGUCAUCAGACUCGAACUUGGGAUCAUCGCACUGCCCAAACGAGAGAUCAUGGAGAUCUUCGUACUAGAAAUAACCAUGAGACUCACCAAAGACCUCGAGCGCUCACAGAGCGGAGGGACGGGAACAUCCCCGCUCCUUCCCCUGCGCCUCCUGCUCCUAGAAGAACAAGGGAAGAAGAGAGAAAUUUGAACUUGGCCAAAGCUGGUAUGAUGGCUGAUCGAGCCAGGAGAUCUCUCCAGAGAUUAAAUGAAUAUUUGAGAAGAUUUAGCGUCGGCGCGAAUGAAAUGGAAGCUGGUGUCAAUUCUGUGCCUCAACUCAAUGAUCAUCAACAAACUUAUUUUACGUUUCCUAAAGGUGUUGCUUUUGAAGUGCCGGAAUCAGUCAAUCCAAUGCGAGUGUAUCAGCCUUUGUUCAAGAAUGACUGGAACUGUCCACAGGUCCAAUCACAAGCGCGAUCGAAACCGCGACCAAGAUCUCAUCAUCAUCAUCGACAACAUCUACACCCGAACGAGCGAGAAUCCUUUUGCGGAAGAUACUACCGACCGUCAACAAGGAAUGACAAUGAUAAUCCAGGAAGUGAUCAUACAACUUACCAAGUAGAUUCUGCCCCUACUCCCGUCACUACCACUGCUCCCUCAGAACCCACCAGGUAUCAUCGAGGCCAACGACAUCAGAGAAGAUCACACAACAAAAACGCUCAGCAGUACCACGAAUAUAACCUCAGGAAUGUUAAUCAGCUGAACUACGACGAAGGCAGACAAUACAUCUUGAACGUUAUCGAAAACAGAUUAUCAACUAUUGAAAGUAAAUUGGCAACUCAACUAGACCUGAGCAAAUGGAGAAAAUAUAGUGAUCUGAAAGAAGAAAUGAUCAAGCUCUGGCAAGAGGUCGCCAGUGGAUAG